GCGGUUUUCAGACGGGAAGGCAAAAUUAAAAUGGCUGGGCGAUUAACGUCAAAAGUUGUGUUCAUCACCGCCGCAGCUCAGGGCAUUGGCAGGGCAUGCGCUGAAAGAUUUGCCAAAGAAGGUGCAAGAGUUAUUGCAUCUGAUAUGAAUGGAGAAAAGAUCAAGGAGUUGAAUGGAAUCGCGGGGAUUGAGACACACACGCUUGAUGUCACAAACAGAGCUGAAAUUGAAAAACUUGCAGCAACUUUGCCAAAGGUUGAUGUCUUAUUAAAUAUUGCGGGGAUGGUCUAUGCAGGAAGCAUCCUAGAGAGUACAGAACAACAAUGGGACAAAAUAUUUGAUGUCAAUGUUAAGAGCAUGUUCCACACAUGCCAAGUCUUUUUACCAAAGAUGCUAGCGGCCAAGAAUGGUGUUAUCAUAAACAUGGCAUCAGUUGCAUCCAGUCACAGUGGUGUGCCAAACAGAUGCAUUUAUAGUUCAACCAAAGGGGCUGUUAUAGGCUUAACAAAAAGUAUGGCUGCUGACUUUGUUAAGGAUGGCAUCAGAGUAAACUGCAUUUGCCCAGGAACAAUAGACACACCAUCAUUAAAUGAAAGAUUUGCAGCCACUGGGGAUGCUGCUGCAGUUAAGAAGCAAUACAUUGAGACCCGUCAGAAGAGUGGCAGAUUAGGAAAACCAGAGGAAAUUGCUGCUUUGGCUGUUUACUUAGCAACAGAUGAGGCAGAAUUUGUUACAGGGCAAAAAUAUAUAAUUGAUGGAGGCUGGACAAUGUAGAUUCAAGGGAAUAUCAUCUGGGUAAAUAGUGUUUUGAUGCUGGUUUUAAGAAACAAUUAUUUGCAUAUUUUUAUAUUUUUAUGAAGUAAUGAAUAGGAAAUAGUUUAAUUUUGAUGAGAUUUUGGCAUAUCAAUAAGAUGGAAUGAAACUUAAUAUAAAAAAUGA